GGCUGUGAAUGACAAGGCACGGCAAGAUGCAGCAGUAGAGUUGCGGGAUCCGAACUGGGCAAACUGUGUUGACUUUUUGCACUGGUGGCGGCAGCUCCCUAAAUUAACGGGAGAUCGGAAUCUCUUUCGAGCGAGAGGAGCUGGAUAACUUUUUCCCGGAUUCUUGAGCCGACCUUUAAAAGUCAAGCGCAAGGAGUAAGACAUAGGUUUCUUUGCUGCCCGAGGAAGUGAGGAAGUAUGAAAACCAUCCUUUGCAUUCUCCAUCAAUGUUUGGCCCUGGUGUUCCUCCACUGCGCCUUGGAGCUACACUGCUUGGAACAGAGCAAAGUGCAGCCAGUUCCCAGAAUUCAACUGCGGCUGGCUGGCCGGAGGAAGAAAGGGAAUGAGGGCCGGAUUGAGGUCUACUACAAUGGCGAGUGGGGCACUCUGUGUGAUGACGAUUUCUCUGUUGCAGCAGCGCACGUGAUUUGUAAGGAACUGGGCUUCAUUCAAGCGGAAAGCUGGAUGCCUGGCGCCAAGUAUGGCCAAGGAAAAGGCCGUAUCUGGAUGGAUAAUAUCCGAUGCACUGGUGCCGAGAGCACCCUUGCUGCUUGCAAGUUCAAUGGCUGGGGGGUCACUGACUGCAAGCACUCAGAAGAUGUCGGAGUAGUGUGCAACGAAAAGAGGAUACCUGGCUUCAAAUUCACCAACACUUUUAUCAAUGAUAUAGAGGAGGCGCAGCAACACGUAGAAGACAUUCGCAUUAAGGCGGUCUUUGGAUCCUCCAGGAGGAGCUUGCCUGUGACCGAGGGUUACGUGGAGGUUAAACAGGAUGACCAAUGGAAGCAGAUCUGUAGCACGGGCUGGACGGAGCUGAACACAAGGGUGAUCUGCGGCAUGUUCGGAUUCCCGAAGCACAAAAGCUAUAAUGCCAGAGUUUACAAGAUUUUUGCGGGCAAGAAGAAGCACACUUACUGGCCUUACUCCAUCAACUGCACAGGCACCGAGAUCCACCUCUCCGACUGUGGCUUGGGCCCUCCCGCCGUGGACAGGAACAACACAUGCAAGAGCGGGAUGCCCGUGGUGGUGAGCUGUGUCGCUGGGCGCCCCUUCACAACCAUCACCUCCACUCGAAUCCGGAAAGCCUUCCCGCUCAAGGAACCACAAGUUCGUCUCAGGGGAGGAGCCAGGAUCGGAGAAGGCAGAGUGGAAGUGUUGAAGGACGGGAAUUGGGGAACCAUAUGUGACGACCAGUGGAGUCUGGUGUCAGCCAGCGUGGUCUGCCGGCAACUGGGCUUUGGCACAGCCAAGGAUGCCUUGGCUGGAUCUCAAAUGGGAAAAGGAAUCGGCACAAUUCACAUGAGUAAGGUGUCCUGUACAGGCUUUGAGGACUCUAUCAUCGACUGCUUCUUCAACCAGUACGACUUGUGUAACCAUGAUGAGGACGCUUCAGUGCGGUGUAACAUUCCAAACAUGGGUUUUGAAAACCAGAUUCGACUGGUUGGAGGUCGUACACCUUAUGAAGGACGGGUCGAGGUUUUGGCGAGGAAGGAUGGUACCAUGAGGUGGGGCACAGUCUGCAGUGACAACUGGGGCAUCAUGGAAGCCUUGGUAGUGUGUCGGCAGCUGGGUCUGGGUUUUGCUGACCACGCAGUUCAGGACUCCUGGUUCUGGAACGGCGAUCCAUCAGCAGAUGAAGUGGUGAUGAGUGGAGUCAAGUGCUCGGGGGCCGAAGUGUCCCUGUUCCAGUGUCGCCACCAUGGUGAAGAUCUUGAGUGCUCCAACAGCGGAGGGCGCUUUGCCGCUGGCAUCUCCUGCACUGAAGCUGCUUCCGACAUCGUUCUCAACCCCCAGGUCGUUCAGGAGACCACGUACCUGGAGAACCGGCCCAUGGCCAUGCUGACCUGCGCGAUGGAGGAGAACUGCCUGGCCGCGUCGGCCGAGGGGCAGCCCCUCCUCAGCAGCUUCCGUCGACUCCUGCGCUUCUCCUCCCAGAUCCACAACAACGGCGAGGCCGACUUCCGGCCAAAGGCGGGGCGGCAUGAGUGGCAGUGGCACGAGUGCCACAGGCACUACCACAGCAUGGAGGUUUUUACCAAUUAUGACCUUUUAUCGCUGAAUGGGACAAAGGUUGCGGAGGGUCACAAGGCCAGCUUCUGUCUCGAGGAUACAGAGUGUGACUCAGAGGAGCGGAAGAACUACCAGUGCGCCAACUUUGGGGAGCAGGGUAUCACAGCGGGCUGCUGGGAUACAUACCGGCACGACAUUGACUGCCAGUGGAUCGACAUCACGGACGUUCCCCCGGGAGAGUACGUGCUGCAGGUUGUCGUCAACCCUAACUUCGAGGUGGCAGAGUCCGACUACACCAACAACAUGGUGAAAUGUCGAUGCAAGUACGAUGGGCAUCGCAUUUGGUCUUACAACUGCCACAUUGGUGGCUCCUUGAGCGUGGAGACAGAGGAGCAAUUCGACCACUUUCCCGGAGUGAUGAGCAACCAUCUGUCCAACUGGUAACGUUGCAGCCAAAGAAUAGGUCUGCAGUAACGCUUGCCAAUGGAGAUGCCCAGUGAAAUACUGUCAAUGGCAGAGAGUGACACGGCCUCAUGUGAUCAAUGCAACGUUGGUGCUAUACUCCCACUUCAAGGAUAAAGCAGGCUGCGGGGGUAAAAUAAUUCUCCGGUGUGAGGUGUGCUCCUGCCAAGGAAGCAGCACACUGAACGUUACCUACCAGUGUCAAAACACACACACACACACACACACACAGAUGUACACGCAUGCACAAACGCACGCAAUAGAUUAUUUACACACAAAUCUACACAGAUGCAUAUACACAUGUAUAUGGCAGCACAUGUAUGCAACCAAAGAUUUGACCACACAAGCAUGCACCAUCUCUCAUACCCACUGACAUGCAUGGCAGACACACACACACACGCACACACACACACACACACACACACACACACACACACACACACACACACA